AUCCAACACUUUGAAAUCAUCGCUAGAAAGCUCCCAAGCAACUCUUCUGAAAAACCACCACUCUUCAGAAUGAACAUCUUUGCUCCAAACAAGGUCAUUGCUAGAUCUCGUUUCUGGUAUUUCAUGAGCAGAAUCAACAAGUUGAAGAAGGCUAACGGUGAAAUCGUCUCCAUGAAGGAAGUCAAGGAAACCAACCCAGAAAAGGUUAAGAACUUCGGUGUCUGGCUCAGAUAUAACAGCAGAUCUAACAUUAGAAACAUGUACAAGGAAUAUCGUGAUGUUACCGUCUCUGGUGCUGUCAAGCAAAUGUACGACGAAAUGGCUUCUAGACACAUGGCUAGAUUCUUCUCCAUCCACGUUAGAAAGGCUGAACAAGUUGUUGAACCAAAGAGAGAACACAUUGUCACUUUCUCUGCUCCUGAUGUUCAAUUCCCA